AUGGGGUUUGAGGAACUGUAUGACAUUGAGGAGGAAGAGGUCGAGGUUGUUGUUGACGAACAACCUGGGUUACCAGUUUUCUCUCCGAAAACGCGCAUGGUCUCCUUUGAUUCAGCUGAGCCUGGGAUGUUGGGCUUUAAAUACUUUCUAGAUGCUAUCUACAUAUUGAAUAUUAUCUCCCGCUUCUAUAUUGGGUUUGAAUCCCAAGGAGUGGUGAUCAUGGAUAAAAAGCAGCUCCAGAAACGUUACCUGCAGGGCUGGUUUACUGUGGAUCUGUUUGCUAUCUUCCCCUUUGAGUUUGUGAUUUUGACAUAUCCUGAAAAAGAUAUUUGGGUUUUGCUAUCUUACUGUCGACUGAACCGGAUAGUAAAGGUCGUCCGGCUGUUCAGCUUUAUAUUCUUCAUAAUGUUCACUGCUUUGGGUGUCUUGGUUGGAGUCAUCAUGACUGGGAUGAGUUCCAUCAUCACAAACCUGGAUGCGCGGAGAGGCAGGUUCUACCACCGACUUUAUUCCAUCAAAUUAAACAUGAAAGACAUUGACUUGCCGCCAGAAGUGCAGACAUGGGUAGAAAAAUAUUAUGUUUAUCUAUGGAAGCAUCGCAAAGGAACCAUCAUUGCUGGGUUACUAGAUGACCUUCCAUUCUCAAUCCACUCAGAAAUAUCGUUGGCAUGUAAUCAGAUGUUGUUGAAAAAGUCUACCUUGUUCCGUGGUACUGAUGAAGGCUUCAAGAGAGCUUUGUCAGUUUCAAUCAAUCCAUAUACCUACAGUGCUGGGCAGAUUCUGGCUAAGCGUGGUGAAUCAAAUCAGUCUAUGUACUAUCUUGAACAUGGACUUGUGCAGGCCAUUGAAGACAAUGCUGAGAAAAUAGCUACUGUACUGCCAGGAUCUCUUAUUGGAGAGAUAUAUUUAAUGUACAAAAUUCCCAGGAAUGUUACAAUUUGUGCUGCAACGCUGUGCGAGAUUUAUGUAUUGCAUCAAAAGGAUCUGCUUAAUUUAUUUGCUGAUUUUCCAGACGCUGGUGUUAAAAUAGCACAAACAGCUAGGAACAGAUUGCAAAACAUAGCCAUCCCAAUCAAGGACGCAUUUGAUGUAGGAGCUGCAUCUAAUCCUCAGAAUGUGCCUUUUUGGAUGAAAACACUACGACCUGAUUCCAAGUAUAUACAAUUUUGGGAGGUCUUUUUACUCUGUAGCCUCACAGUUGCGGUUUUCCUUGAAGUAUGGGUGGUGUUAUUUACCUUCAACGAGGAUAGCUUAGGUUUCAAUAACAGUGGUUUUGGUGCAUCAUUGCAUGCAGUAGCUUACAUUAUUGAUUUAGUAGCUGUUGUGGACAUUGUCAUCAAUCUUCGAACACAAGUCGUGUCUAAGAAUGGCAACCAAUCAGACUUUAAAAGCAUUUACAAGAACUACCAGAGGACUUGGAAUCUGUAUUAUGAUGUGGCAGCAGUUUUACCUACAGAUAUGUUCACAUAUGCUGAAGAAGAGCAUUUACGCUGGUCUUAUUUGGGAUUGUUCAGAAUUAACAGGCUUGUUUGGCUCCGAAAGGUGUAUUUAUUUUAUGUAAAAAGAGAAAAUGAUCUUGAGAAGAACUUGUUACGGUACAGGGCGUUAAAAUGUGUGUUCAUGUUAACGUUCUCCAUUCAUACCUGUGCAGGAUUGUUUUACCUUGCCGGCUGCUUUAAACAUAAGGUAGGAUUUCAGAACCGUCUUGUGGCAAUGACAUAUUUUAUGGAAUCCCAUGAUCUAAGUCAGUCCCUGCAGCAGAGAGUAAUUCAGUACAUGAGCCUGCUUUGGGAAAAGUACCAUGGGCAGGCAUAUCCUGGAGGUCCUUUUCUGAUGUAUGACCUGCCAACUGAACUUCAGCAGAUUGUGCUCCUGAAGGAACGAGGAAAACUUCUGUCCAAGCUUCCUUUUUUCUACAAUACUGGAUCUUUAUUUAUUCGUGAACUUGCAACAACUUCUAUCAUGUACUUCUACCCAAAAGGAGAGAUUAUCCAGUACAGUGAAACUAUUAGUCAGGAGCUGUUUUGCAUACGGAGGGGAUGCUGCCAGAUUUUGAGUGAUGAUCUCAAUUAUGUUUACGGUGUCUAUACAGAAGGGAUGUACUUUGGAGAGGCAGGCUUUCUCUUUGGCAAACCAGCGACUAUGACUUUGCGAGCAAAGACAUAUUGUGAAGUUUUAGUAAUUAACUUUGACAGAUCACAUAAAGUCUUUGAUAAAUAUCCUGCAAUAAGAAGGACCCUGAGAGGAAAACUUAGUUUAUUUUUCUUUAUGACACUUCCUGAAGUAUUUCUGAUGACGAGUGCCAUACUGCCAAGUAACCGACUGUACAUCAGAUGGGAGAUUUUCCGGAUAUUUCUGGCUUUAACAGUCAGCAUUUUUACCUCUACCCUGAUUAGUUUCCUCCAUUUUAAGAGAGAGCUCUGGUUUACCUGUUACAUCCUCGGGGGUUUCUGCUGGCUGGACAUGUAUGUACGGUUACAUGUGGCGUUCUACAAAGACAACAAGCUCAAAGUAGAUACACUAGAGACAGCUAGACAUUAUGUAAGGACAAGUUUUCUACUAGACCUGGUCAGCUGCUUUCCUUUUGAGGUGUUUGCUUGGACGGUAGUGUCACCAUUUGAUGAGUCUGGUAACUUUUACACCAAUUACAAGGCAAUGCAUCUCUAUGCCUACCUUAGGGUACCUCAUAUUUUACAGCUAUACCGCAUACCACUUGCAUACAACUACUGGCAGAUGGCAAUCGCCACAGAGAAGCUGGUAGUUACUUUUCUACAAUUCUUCUUAUACAUGAUACUCUUCAUCCAUUUCUCCACCUGCCUGAUUUAUGCAGUACCCUGUGGUCCAGUAUUAAACAUCAACAUCAUUGAAAAUGACACAAAUAAUAUUUUUAAACACCUUUGUGAUAAUAAGUCCUGGGUGAUGCAGCUGAGAGAAACAUUUGGAACCGAUCACUGUAAGUACAGUAGCUGUUACAUCCUGUCCCUUUCAACUAAAUUGUCCUUUAAGGAAAUAUAUACAAUAAGUAUGUAUUUUUCAACAACAACCAUUUUCAAUGUUGGAUAUGGAGAUCUUUGUUCUCAUACUUUUAAAAUGGACAUUGCUCUUUUUACUUUAAUGGUGUUAGGAUCUCUCUACUUUGGUUGGAUGGUUGGUACUGUCACAUCUAUCCUUGCCAAUGCAGACGCUGCCAGAGCAGUAUAUACAGAGAAAUUGGACUCUAUAAAACACUUUUUAAAGAGUCAGAAGAUUACUGGCACUAUAGCUGACAGUGUUCAGAAAUUUUAUUCCUUCAAGUGGAUCAAAACAAAAGGUGUAGAUCCAGAAACUCUCUUUGAGUACCUGCCGUCUUCCCUUCUUGGAGAUAUUUCAACUAUUAUCUACUCGGAUGUAAUUGCAAAGGCAUUUGGACUGAAUAUCAAGACAAAGAAAACAAAAGAAUGUUCCUCCCAUGUCCUAACUCCACUUGAACGGAGGUUAUCAGGAAAACUUGAUGGGCCAAUUUUUGAAAAGACACUUAGCAAAGAGAGUCUGGAGAAACUGGAAACAGAUGGAGGAUUUAUCCGUAUGCUAGCAACGAAGAUUCGGCCUUGUGUUUUUAGAGCAAAUGACAUUAUUUGCAAGAGGAAUGACUAUGGAUCGGAGAUGUUUUUCAUAGAAAAAGGAGAGGUGGAUGUGCUGUCUCAGGAUGAGAGAAGUGUAAUGGUGACUCUGAAAGCUGGGCAGUACUUUGGAGAAGGAAGCCUGCUUUUCUCAGAGCCACGAAGCACUUCUAUCAGGGCUUCUACAAAUUGUGAUAUGUAUGUUUUGGACAAGAAGGAUUUGGAUAGUACUGUGAAAUAUUAUCCCGACAUCUGCCAGGAAAUCAGGGAUUCUGCCAUUGCUAAACGGGAGCAUUUGUUAAAACUUAAAGCCCACCAACUGCAGAUCAGUAAGAUGGAGACAGUCAAAAACGGAGACAAGUUUGAUGCCGGUAACAUAUCAUUUCAAUUUCAUUUUUUGUGUUUAGUUAAUCAGAUGUACUUGAAAUACAUGGCAGAACAGGAACUGAAAUCUAAAUAUGUUGCUCUACCAUUGAUUGUUCGAAUGCGGACAGCUUUCUGCAAGUUUUAUAAUGAUUCAUUGAAGAAGAUAAUCCAGCUACACAACAUGACAAUUGAUCCUGAAAAAACUUUGCGAAUCAUUUUGCAGUAUACCUCCUGCUUGUUUGUCAUUAUCUCCUUUUGGACAAUCACCUACAUGAUUUUCUUGAAGUUUCACAUUUGUUAUUGUGAUGCAAAUGGGACGUACAUCUGCGAUUAUCAAUCAGUAUCUAAGUACUACUUGAAGAGAAAAGCCGGAUUUGUUUUUGAUAUGUUCUGCUCGUUCCCUUUUGCAUUGAUUGUCUUAUUACAAAAUGAUUCAAGCGUUAACCUCUUUGAUUAUCACAUGUCACACAUCCGUCUGUUUCAUUGCCUACGGCUGUUCAAUGUUUUCUUUUUUAUUCGAGAGGAAGAAGAGAGGAUCACAACUAAUAAAACAUAUCAGAAAUGUAACGUUUUUCGCAUACUUUUGUUACUAAAGCAUUACUGUUUUACAGGUCACACUGAUGAAUUAGCCAGUGUCUACAUUUAUGCCAUUUACUGGGCAACAGCAACUUUCACAACAACAGGUUAUGGUGAUAUCCGGGCUGUUACGUAUCCUGAGAUAUGGUUUUGUAUUCUUGUUAUGCUACUCUCCAAAACUUUAGUGGGUUACAACAUAGGAAUUAUUUCCUCCACGCAGACAAACAAAAAUUCCCUCCAGGUGUCCUAUGAAGAGAAAUUACAGGUAAUUAGUCAAAGUUCUUGGAACAUUUUCACAACUAAAAUUCUAAAUUCUUACUAUCUUAAAUAUACUCACACUAACAUGCAACGGGUAUCAGAAUUGUGCCCUAGGUUAAUUGAAAUGUUUCCCUGUUCUAUUUCAGACUAUUAAAAACUAUAUGGAAGAAGAAAACAUCCCGCCAUCUUUACAGCAGCGUGUAAUGCAGUUCUACAAUUAUCGAUGGGCACGUACCAGAGGCGUGGAUUUUGAUUUGCUUUUCAGCGACACUCCCAGCUGUAUGAAAACUGAACUUUUUGCCAGGAUUGCCGUAAAUUUAAUGAAGAAGCAGAGAAUGUUCACCCACCUGUCAGACACCUUUCUUCGCCAUAUGUCGACCAAAAUGAAACUGAAGAGCUAUA